CUGUGAAGUCAAAGGAGAGGAUUAAAGCUGCCACAUCUAAGAGCAUAUCCACCUCAGCCAGGGAGGCUACUACAUGUGAGACAUCAGGGAACAUAAUGAAGCUUUGUGUCAAUCUGAUGCCUGUUCUGGCUGCAGCCAAGGAGCCAGUGGAGGAAGAGGAAGAGAGAAAGGAGGACAACGAAUGCACAAGUAAAAAGAAACCUGAAACCAGCUGCAAAAAUGAUCCAUCUGUCACUAAAUCUGAGGAACAAAUACUCAGUUCUUUCACAGGAUUAAAUCUGGCGGCUGACACCAAACAAGCACAAAGUCCUUGGCUUGUGCUACCACCUAUAACUCAACCUAAACCAGCUCCUGAGUGUUGUGACCGUCAGAGGGGGCUCCACACUCCUCUACCUCCCAUCAGUCCAACUGAACAAACAAGGACCAUCUCUUCAAAUGUUACUAUAAGAGGCUGCAGAGGCGAUGGGUUAGUCACAGGACAUGUAGCAGACAGCAGGCCCUGGAUGGACAAUCCCCUGUUCUCCAAAAGUAGAUCUCCUGAGUUUCGUCUCCCUGACGUCUCCUUGUCCAGUCUGGAUGCUCUGCUGCAGACGGUCACACGGAAACUGGGGAGGAAGAGGAGAGGUCGCGAUGAAGGACGGUGGACACGUGUCCAUUCUGAUCAGCUCCUCGCAGCUGUUAGUGAGCGACGUUUGACGGAGAGGAGCGGCACGGAGAACAGAAACCUGGCCGACAUUGAAGCAGUGACAGAGACAUCAGUGGGUGGAUGCAGUGUAAACUCACAGCGGAGCCUCCCACCACUUUCAUCUGCCCCAAAACCAACGCUCAUCCACACUAUGACGAAGAAAAACCUCCUGACAUCCAGCAUGCUGCAGUAAUUCAUCAAAAACAACAAACUGGACUCAUAAGAUACAGAACAGUAUUUAAAAAAUUAUCCAGGAAAGCACAGUUUUAUUUUCCUUCGGGACAAAACAUUCACAACAGACAUUAUUACAACAGUUUUUCUUCUCUAUGCUAGCAUAUCUUCAGUAUAUAAUGUACAUCUUAUAGUAGAUGCACAGAUAAAUUUAUGUUCAAGUACAACUUUUCAAGCAUAAUACCAUAAAAGUACAUUCAGUAGUACAGACUUUCAUUCCAAAAUGACACAUUCACCAUUUUGAUCCAUCGUAAUGUUUAAGAUGUUUAAGGUCUGCAUCAUUUCAGCCUUCUUUUAACACAUUUAACUGUAUUAAACACAACAUUUCACACUGUAACCGUUUGCAUUUUGGAAUGAAACCCUUCUGAUUCUUUGUCUCAUGCCUAUAG